AUGAAUGACACCCGUGCCGAGAGCAAUAUCAGCACCACUGUGGAACUGUUCCAGCUCAUCAUGUACACCCCCACAUUUAUCCUGGGAUUGCUGUUCAAUGUGAUGGCUCUGUCAUUCCUGUUUUUUAAGGUUAAAAAGCUGUCAGAAUCUGCAGUCUACAUGAUAGCCCUUAUUUUCCUGGAUACUUUGCUGCUGUUUACUCUUCCUUUUAAAAUAAUUUCCUACCACCUUCAGGACAAGUGGAACUUGGGGUCUGUGGUUUGCUCCACCUUGGAGAGUCUUUACUUUGCAAACAUGUAUGGCAGCAUCCUCAUCUCCCUCUGCAUCUGCGUGGACCGGUACAUCGCUAUCCAGCACCCUUUCGCAGCUCCCGCCAUGCGAUCCACCAAGAAAGCUGCUAUGGUCUGUGCUGUCAUCUGCCUGGGCAUCUCAGCCGGGACAGUCUCUACUUUCCAGCUACACGAAGAGGGCAACAACAUCUCAUCCUGCUUCCAUAACUUCUCCAAGAGCACGUGGGAAAACAAAGGCCUGUUCAGCGCCUUAGAGACUACCUUCUUUGGCAGCAUGGCAGCCAUGACAUUCUGCACUGUUCAGACUGUCAAGUGUUUGAGAAAGCACAGAAAAACAGACAACCCCCAAACACACACCACCAGAGCAGAAAAAAUAGUUGUGACAAACCUUGUGGCAUUUUUGGUCUGCUUCACACCUUACCACGUGGCAUACUUAGUGUACUUUUUGGUGAAGAAUAACAUCAUUCACACCAGUUUUCAGCAAGUGCUACGAGACACCGUUCAGGUCACACUUUGCUGGGCAAACCUGAACUGCUGUCUGGAUGGGGUGUGUUAUUAUUUUGUUUUAAAGGAGUACUUGGAAGACCCAUUACAAAACACUGGAAAAACAGCCACACAAAAGCCUUGA